GCGACGACUACACGAGCGGUUGGCUCGGUACAUUUCAGCGCCGAGUCCUGCAGUGUAGUCGUAUUCGCCAGCUCGUCAUCGAUGCACUUGGCUGUUGCACUUCGGUCUGCCGUGAAUUGUAUCACAAUCUGGCAGUUAGUUCAUUCGCGACGUCAUCCAAGCGCAGAAGUGCACUCGUUUGCUCGGUAAUUUUAGAGAACUAUUUCGAAUUGAGUUGUAGCCUAGCGGCGAAACGCGCGCGCCUCUGUUCAGGAUCAUCUCUCGUGGGUUAUUUUUGGUUGUUUCUAUCCCAUCUGAUACCGGCACAUGUUUCCAUGCGAAACAAUUUAGUUGCAAACACGUUUAGUGUUCUCUCUCUGUGAAGACAAUUUCAAAAAGUGGUUCUUCAAAGAAAGAAAGUGAAAAGUACUUAGUCCUGGUGGCCCCCAAACAAUUGCAAUAUCUUGUGUAUCUGCUACUGUCUAUUCUUAUCAACGCCUCGCCAGAUAAAUUACAGAUCGUACCGCGAAUUGUUUUAUGUGUGUAUAUUGUAUCUGUGUUUUCCCCCCCUCUGGGAUAAGGCCCAAGGCUGGCUGCCGCGUUGACAACACGGGUGUGAUUGACUCGAUAAGAGCGCUCUGAUUUCCGAGAUUUGAUAUAAUUCGCCGGCUAGCUUUCUUUAUUUGUGUACCGGUUGAUGGCCGCGGGAUUUUCUUCCCUUUGUGCGCGCUCUCUCCCCCGCAACCCAGUGAAACAACAUAGAUAAAAUUUGACGAAUCAAACCGAAGUGCUGCUUGGUGGCCGUGGAACUGUGGAUGACAAGUAGCGGCGGGCAUCCUAGCCGGAAAAUGCAACUAGUAAAACAAACCGUGUCGAUAUAACCAGCUAUAGGUGACCGUCGUGUGGCGUAGUGAAAUACACUAUUUCCAUUGUGUAGUGGAAGCGAAAAAAAGGUGGUGAAAUUCGUCAGUUUAAAAGUUUUAAAGCCUGCGAUAGCUGGGCACCGUCCAACCGAGCGUUGUGAAAACAGUUGUUGUGUUUUAUUUUAUUUUUUCUAUUGUGAAAAAUCUGAGCAAAACUGAGAUACGAAUUUCAGCCAGCUGCUGACGAAGGCACGUGUGGGCAGAUUUGCGUGAUUGAUGAGCAAGAUUGUUCUUCAAAUUCAAUAAACUGUGCCUGAACCCAUCGACUGUAGCGCUGCGCGUCCUGAAGUUUUGCACUAUUUUAUGCAUCACAUGUAAGAUGAUGCAAGUCAGCUUCCCGAACGGGCCAGAUGUUCUUGAAAGGGAUGACCGUGUAGAAAAAGUGUAAAUACGAUACCACCGAGGUCCUCUUAACAAAAAAAAAUAAUUACCUUAGGCCAUCUGCUUGGACUUGGAGUCUUUCUCAGAUGUUUUCUGAAUGCGUCGUCUCUAGUGUGUUAUGUGUAUUGUCUCGCCUGACCCCAAAUAUCGAUAUCUGCCGCUUAACGAGCUCGUACGAUAUUCCGAACUCAUCGGAGAUAGCGAAGCACUGACGCGCGCAGACGACUGUGAUCGGUCAACAUUCUUGCUUCCGGUUGCGUGUCCGGUGUUGUUUGCAACCGUAGAACCUCGGCUGAUAGUAUAAAUAUUGACGGUCCAAUUUCGAUUUCCGGUGUCAUACGCGUAGUUGAUGGUUCCGCAGGAGCGUUGGGUCGAGACGAUGUCCGAUUCGGGGUACGAAUCCAGAGCGGACGGCAACGGGUCGUCUGUCUCGGGCAACAACAAUUCGGCUCGGACACCGCCAAACUGCGCCCGCUGUCGCAACCAUGGCCUCAAGAUCGCCUUGAAGGGACACAAGCGCUACUGCAAGUACCGUGGGUGUGACUGCGAGAAGUGCUGUCUCACCGCAGAGCGACAGCGGGUGAUGGCGCUGCAGACGGCACUCCGCCGGGCCCAGACGCAGGACGAGCAACGGGCGCUCAACGACGGCGAGGUGCCUCCCGAACCGGUACAUACCAUUAACAUACCCAAGUUGUCCGAACUGAAACAGAUGAAACAUAAUUUGAUGCAUAAUUCUCAGACGAGAUCGUUGAUCGACUGCGACUCGUCGACCGGGUCGAUGAACUCCACGGCGAACCCGUCGUCCAUGGCGCUGGCACUACACCGGAGAUCACCGUCGGCGGCCGUCCACCCGAACGAGGCACAGCAUCUAGGAGCGAGUCACUCCAGCGGAUCUCCUGAACCUGGCAACUUGCUACCAGUUGGAUCAUCUAUGAGAGUGCAACACCCCGGUCCUGACUCGGGUACAGACGAUGAACUGGUGAAACGAUCUCAAUGGCUGCUGGAGAAGCUGAACUACCCCUGGGAGAUGAUGCCGUUGAUGUACGUGAUACUGAAAGGGGCCGACGGAGAUGUCCAAAAGGCGCACCAACGGAUCGACGAAGCUCGACAAUUAUUCCCAAAAACAGCUCGGCAUUUAUUCGAAGACGAAGAGAUCAUUUCGGUGACACGUACCACCUCAAACUUCGGAUCGCCGAGCAGUUCGAGGUCUCAUUCUCGAUCCCACUCGCAGCCUGGCGAUGCGUUCGCUGACGAGGAGGGCGUCCUGAAUCUGGACACCAAAUUGACCAAAGUUUCGUCUGACGAUGAGCGGCCAUCAUCACAUGACGAUGUCAGCAUCAAGUCGAAGGAAUCUGGUGAGCUGAAUCCAUUUCGGUUGAAUGAGGCGUUCCAGCGCAGUGCCAUGCUGUUGCAGUCCAGUGAUAAAAAGUGUCCACAAAUAAGUCCGGCGACGGAAAUCGAGACAAAAUCAUUACCUAAAUUCGCCAGUUUUGACGGACCGGGUAACUUCUCGUUACCUCUACCGAUUUCCCAACAUUCGAUCGAUGCUAUCAAUCGUUGCAGCAAUAGAGCAUCUACCGCCCGAACUCGUACUCGUUCCCGAUCUCGAUCGCAACACAUCGAAACGUUCCGUGACGAAGAGGGAGCACUCAAUCUGGAUACUAAGAUCACCAAAGUCCCCGCGGAAGGUGAACUGCCGUCGUACGGUGUAAGCAGUGCGAGACCUCAGGCUCAAGAUGAAUCAAAUCUACAUCUCGAAGAAGUCUACCAGAGCAAUGUCGAACAGCAGCAGUUCAGUAAAAGAAACAAAAAGGCCACUACUGGAGAUGAUAUCGAUGCACAACUAGUUCAAAGCGGACUGGAUUCAAGCAGCUUCUCGUUGCCCAUGCUAAUUCCUCGCCCCGCGACAGACAACCCCCUUUAUGUCAACCCCACCAGAUUCUUGCCCUAUCUCAUCCCCUCGUACCGAAGCGAACCGCCUCUACCGAUGUUUAACCACUACGUAGGCUACUAGCAUCCGCUGCUCUACGCCGUUCCCGACGACAGCUGCUGCCGGGACGAAUCCACGAAAAGGAGCUCAGCUCCUCCAUCUCCGUCCAGAAUAUCGCCACCGAAGGAAGCUCAACAGUACUCAUCAGCGCAGGUUGCACCCAACGAUCAAGAGAUUUAGCCACGGUUGGAAGCUGACAUCUCACCCUGGCGCCGUUGAAAGGUUCCACUGAUUGCGGUCCAGUAGUUCUUCGUUUGGGAGCCACUUUUCCCUUCUUAUUUCUAAAUACUUACCCUUGAACUUAUCACCAAAUAAUCAAACCACAAAUGAGUGUACAAACAGUGCUACUUACGGUCGGACAUUGCUAGAACUUAUAUGUUCGCUGUUACAUGUUUUGAUGGGAUCGGGCCGUCGGAUAAUCCGAACAAUGAAAUUCAGCAAAUCGGGGAAAUGUUUUGAACUGUGAUAUAAGAAUAAUCACUCGAUGUUGAAGAAGUGAGGUAGUAGUGUUAAUUUGAAGUGCUGAUCCGAUCGAUUUUGACAGGCUGACGACGGGAAGACCCGCCUGGACGAAGAGUUAUUAUACAAAACAACUUGAUGUAUAGAACAUUUUAGACUAUGCGAAACGGUUAGGAGGAAACGCAUCGCAAUGGAUUGCGUCACUCCCUUUCGGGCUUGUAAAGGUGACACACUUUUUCGAGUUUUCAUUAAGUUUUUUCCUAGAUCACCGGUGUUCACUUGUUAUAUGCGAUAUCGUUUUCCUCUUUCCUUUAGUCGGUAAACCGACGAUAGCAACUGUAAUAUUAUUUUUUCGUAUGUAUAGUGACAAAGCGGAGCUGUAAUCUUAAAUGGAACAAAAAAAACGAUAGGAAUUAAUUUAAUUUCAACGUUAACAGUAGAUAAAUUGUAAAUUUUCCAAAUGCUAAAGAGAAGAAUAAACCAAUGCUGUAAAAAGUAGCGAUACAAAACGAUCUGCGGCGGCCGAAAAAAGGUCGGUUUUUGUGGAGUCAUAUUUAAAGCACGCUUUAUUAAGAACGUAAUAUAUCUCCCGUGGAUGAUGUUUUCAGCAAUUGAAAUGUGAUAUUCAUGUCGUAAUUUUUCGUUACUUUGAUUAGAUUCCGCUAAUAUUUGGUUCGGAUUUAAAAAAAAGACGACAAAAUUAGAUCAUUAUUAUUCCUAUGAGGGAAGAACCCUAUUUGGAGUAUCUAUGUGAGAUUCGUGAUAUUGAUAAAACUAUAACAAAAAUCGUAGCUAUUCGAUGAUCUCGACCACUGGUAAUUGAUUCGUUUCAUGAUAAUAGUGUUUAGGGUGCAAAAUGAAGAGAAUCUAGAACGGUAUUUUUUUCAGACGGCAAACAGUGCAGCGAAAAUAUUAGGCAUCGAUUAAUAGCUUAAACUCAAUUCAUUUCAAUAGUAAUUUAUAGGGCGACAAAGUGUCCAGACAAACACUCUCGAACAAAAAAAAAUUACUUUUGCUAGACACACACAUAUAUAACGUAUGAAAAUGUAAAUAAAAUCUCCAUAUACCCAAGAAAAGUC